AUGACACAAUAUCGAACUAAACUACAUCCUUCGUCUUGUUUUCCUCCUAAUCCAUCAACGCCUAAUACUAAAAAUCGUCUUUUUAUACGAGUUGCUCCAGUUGAAACUCGAUAUCGUUGCUGUCGUCUUACAUUUAUCGGUAUUAAUACAACGACUUACUCAGCCAUUGCUGCACUUCUUGCCUAUGGACGAUUAACAUCAAUUGAAGUUAUAAAAGUCUUUGAUAUAUAUGAACAACAAGAAUCUCGUUUUAUACUCAAUGAUCUUCAAUUAAUUGCUUUAUUUAACAAAUGUAACAUACGUCUUGAAAGAGUUCAAUCUUAUUGGGAAACUAAAGAUUCGACCGUUAUUAUUAUCAAUGUACAACAUAAUCAAUUGGAAACUGAAAGUAUAUCAACAUGGAUAAAAAUGAAUGCUUUACUUGUGGAAAAUAUUGUUUCACAAGUGUGUAUUUAUUCACCUAAUGCUACAUUAAUUAUUUGUACACAACCAAAUGAAUUAAUGACCUAUGUUGCAUCACGUGUUAGUAAAUUUCCUAUCGAACGAAUAUUUGGACUUGGUGCAAGUAUUCUUACAGCUUAUGCACAUAGAACUAUACUCAACCAAACCGAAAACAUCCAUGGUCAUGUCAAUGGGUUUUUUGUAAUUGGCAAUGGAUUAAUUGAUAAUUCAUGUACUAAAAUCCUUAUGAAUAAUAUAACUAUUGAUGGAAUUCCUUAUUCAGAUAUUCAUUCGAAGCUAAUAGGAAGCCAUGUAAAAACUAUAACUGUUGAAAAUCAUAUCAUUUCAAGAAAACGACGCCACAAAAGUUGGGACAUACAGAAGCUUUUAGAAAACAAUGAAAAUGUUUAUUCAAAUGUUCGACGUCGAUUACCAAUUGUUACUGAUUUAAUAUUACGUCAAAAAACUGCUAUGAAAUAUCUCUUAUCCAAUUCAACUAUUCCUCAUUCAAAACCUAAACUACAAGAAUCACUAAACAUUCUAUUGAGUACUAAAUUACGUUCUAAUUGGACAGAAGCAAUGUUAAUAGUUCAUAUUAUUCGUGCACUUAUCAAUGGAAAUGAGUUUCAAUCAAAUUUUGUUGUUAAUAUUGCACCAAUAAAUAAUUCAACAAAUGUUUUUAUUAAUUAUCCAACAAUCAUUGGUUCAAGUUAUUGUUCAAUUGAAUAUAUGUUACCAUUUUAUCAAGCUCAACAUAUUCUCAAACAAAAAUCAUUUCUUACACCAUAUGAAAAAUUACAAACGAACAUAUGUUUUUCCAAAUCAAAAGAUUAG